AGAAGCGAACUGUCCUUUAGCGGGCGACGGGCUCUAUCGCGCUCUGACGUAAUGUGAGGGGUCGACUUGAGGGGCUGAGCGGAGCCAAUGAGGAAAGUCCAAGGGUCGGUUUGCCUGUUCUCACGCCCCACCCUCGGACCCUGCUGGAGGAAAGUUUCGUUUAGAGGAGCGAACAUGGCAGCGCGUAGGUGGCUUUGGUAUGCCUCUGCAACUGUGGCGGUGGCGCUGCUGCUCUUGUACCAGGUUCCCUCUGCCUCUGCCCAAAGAAAGAAGGAGAUGGUGUUAUCUGAAAAGGUUAGUCAGCUGAUGGAAUGGACCAAUAAGAGACCUGUAAUAAGAAUGAAUGGAGACAAGUUCCGGCGCCUUGUUAAAGCCCCACCGAGAAAUUACUCCGUUAUUGUCAUGUUCACAGCUCUCCAACUUCAUAGACAGUGUGUUGUUUGCAAGCAAGCUGAUGAAGAAUUUCAGAUCCUGGCAAACUCUUGGAGAUACUCCAGUGCAUUUACUAACAGGAUAUUUUUUGCCAUGGUGGAUUUUGAUGAAGGCUCUGAUGUAUUUCAGAUGCUAAACAUGAAUUCUGCUCCAACGUUCAUCAACUUUCCUGCAAAAGGGAAGCCUAAACGAGGUGAUACAUACGAGUUGCAGGUGCGGGGUUUUUCAGCUGAGCAAAUUGCCCGUUGGAUUGCAGACAGAACUGAUGUCAACAUUAGAGUAAUUAGACCUCCAAAUUAUGCUGGUCCCCUUAUGUUGGGAUUGCUUUUGGCUGUUAUUGGUGGACUUGUGUAUCUUCGAAGAAGCAAUAUGGAAUUUCUCUUUAAUAAAACAGGAUGGGCUUUUGCAGCUUUGUGUUUUGUUCUUGCCAUGACAUCUGGUCAAAUGUGGAACCAUAUAAGAGGACCACCAUAUGCCCAUAAGAAUCCCCACACAGGACAUGUGAAUUAUAUCCAUGGAAGCAGUCAAGCCCAGUUUGUAGCUGAAACACACAUUGUUCUUCUGUUCAAUGGUGGGGUUACCUUAGGGAUGGUGCUUUUAUGUGAAGCUGCUACCUCUGACAUGGAUAUUGGGAAGCGAAAAAUAAUGUGUAUAGCUGGUAUUGGACUUGUUGUAUUAUUCUUCAGUUGGAUGCUCUCUAUUUUCAGAUCUAAAUAUCAUGGAUAUCCAUACAGCUUUCUGAUGAGUUAAAAAGGAUCCAGAGAUAUGUAGACACUGUGGUAAUGGAAACUGAAAAGCAAGAAGUACAUGUGUAUUUGAGAAGAACGCAACUUAUGUAUUUUGUAUUACCUCUUUUUUUCAAGUGAUUUAAGUAGUUGAUCAUUUAACCAAAGAAGAUGUGUAGUGCCUUAACAAGCAAUUUCUUGUCAAAAAUCAUGAAGUAUUUAAAAGCUACUCUCCUCUUAAAUGUCCCUUCCCAGUGAAUUUUAUGGAACAUUUAAUUUUGUAGAACUAAGUACCUUAUAGGGGCCGGGGAGAUGGCUCAGUGGAGUAAGUGCUUCUCUGGCAAGCACAAGGGCCUGAGUUCAAUCCCCG